CUUCAAUGACGUCACCUCGAGCGAGAAGGAAGCAGAGCGCUCUCUGGAAGCUGUCACACAAUAGUUGUGGGGAAAGCAAGAGAAACUCUCUCCACUCGCGCGCACCCAACUGUUGCACUACACGGACAAACGGCAAGGCAGAUCAACAACGGUUGUCUGACAGCAACUUCCACAUACUCUGCGGGGAAUUAUUCCUGUUUCUGCAAUGGCUGAUGUCAUACAAAACAACGAGCAAUCCUCAUCUGACGUUGCAAAUCGAUUCGCCCGUAAAGGUGCUUUGAGGCAGAAAAACGUCCAUGAAGUGAAAAACCACAAAUUUAUUGCCAGGUUUUUCAAGCAGCCGACUUUCUGCAGUCACUGCACUGACUUUAUUUGGGGGUUUGGAAAGCAAGGAUUUCAGUGCCAAGUGUGCUGUUUUGUGGUCCAUAAACGUUGCCAUGAAUUUGUCACAUUCUCAUGCCCUGGAGCUGAUAAAGGGCCAGACACAGAUGAUCCUAGAAGCAAGCACAAGUUUAAGAUCCACACCUAUGGCAGUCCCACAUUCUGUGACCACUGUGGAUCUCUUCUGUAUGGACUCAUACACCAAGGAGUGAAAUGUGACUCCUGUGAUAUGAACGUCCAUAAGCAGUGUGUGAUGAAUGUGCCAAGCCUUUGUGGAACGGAUCACACAGAAAGACGAGGACGUGUUUACUUGAAGAUCGAGGUGAUAGGAGACAAAAUGCAUGUCACAGUUGGGGAAGGCAGGAACUUGAUUCCAAUGGACCCGAAUGGAUUGUCUGAUCCAUAUGUAAAACUCAAGUUGAUUCCAGACCCUAAACAUGAGACGAAACAGAAAACGAAAACCAUCCGUUCUUCCUUGAAUCCGGCUUGGAAUGAGUCAUUUACAUUUAAACUGAAGCCAACAGAUAAGGACCGUAGGCUGUCUGUGGAGGUGUGGGACUGGGACAGAACCACGCGUAAUGAUUUCAUGGGCUCUAUGUCAUUUGGUGUGUCUGAGCUCAUGAAAUCCCCAGUGUGUGGAUGGUAUAAAAUGUUAAACCAGGAGGAGGGGGAGUACUACAGUGUGCCUAUUCCAGAUGAAAAUGAUGAAAAUAGCGAGCUCCGAGAGAAGUUUGAGAAAGCCAAAUUGGGUCCAGGCAAAAAAAACAUCACCACUUUGGAUGACAGUGGGUCCACUUUACCCUCAAGGAGUCUGGAUAGUGUCAAGCUCACAGACUUUAAUUUCUUGGCAGUAUUGGGAAAAGGCAGUUUUGGAAAGGUGAUGCUGGCUGAGAUGAAGUCUUCUGAUGAACUAUAUGCUAUAAAGAUCCUGAAGAAGGAUGUGGUCAUCCAGGAUGAUGAUGUUGAAUGCACCAUGGUGGAGAAGCGGGUUCUGGCUCAACAGGACAAACCACCAUUCCUCACCCAACUCCACUCCUGCUUUCAAACUGUGGAUCGUCUGUAUUUCGUGAUGGAGUAUGUUAAUGGUGGUGAUCUGAUGUACCACAUUCAGCAAGUGGGCAAAUUUAAGGAGCCACAAGCAGUGUUCUACGCUGGAGAGAUUGCUGUUGGGCUUUUUUUCUUGCACAAGAAAGGAGUCAUAUACAGGGAUCUGAAAUUAGAUAAUGUCAUGCUGGAUGCAGAGGGUCAUAUUAAGAUUGCAGACUUCGGUAUGUGCAAGGAGAACAUUGUGGAGGGUGUGACCACCCGUACAUUUUGUGGAACGCCAGAUUACAUUGCUCCAGAGAUAAUAGCUUAUCAGCCUUAUGGCCGUUCUGUGGACUGGUGGGCUUAUGGUGUCCUGCUGUAUGAGAUGCUGGCGGGACAGCCUCCAUUUGAUGGUGAGGAUGAAGAUGAACUUUUCCAGUCCAUUAUGGAGCACAAUGUCUCCUACCCUAAAUCCAUGUCCAAAGAAGCAGUUUCCAUCUGCAAAGGGCUGAUGACAAAACACCCUUCAAAGCGUCUGGGCUGCAACCUAGAUGGGGAGAGAGAUAUUCGGGAACAUGCUUUCUUCCGUUGGAUUGACUGGGAACGUCUGGAAAAUAGAGAAAUACAGCCUCCAUUCAAACCCAAAGUGUGUGGAAAAGGAGCAGAGAACUUUGACAAGUUCUUCACACGCACACAGCCACAGCUGACCCCUCCUGAUGAGCUGGUUAUCGCCAACAUCGACCAGGCGGAAUUCGAUGGAUUUUCCUUCAUCAACCCUCAAUUCGUCCAUCCUUCCCUCAUCAACAGUGAAUAGAAUGGGACAAAGGAGGGAAUGAUUGUGAAUCUACCUACUACCCCAAAACUCUUCCAUUUCCUUUAGCCUUUUAUCUAACAAAUGUUAAACCAAAACCACAGUUAGCUCUAGUUGUCAUGUCUUUUUUUUUUUUUUUUUUUGCUUCAAAAUCUAGCAGUUAUUUUACACAUUUUUCACAUCAUUUCAAUGUAGGCCAGUCGAAGAGUUUACCUUAAUGAUUGAAAAUAGAUUGAGAGAUUUAAUUAAAAAAAAGAGUACCACUUAAACUGGGCUGUUUACAUUAUAAACUGAUUGUCUGACUUAGUGAAGACCAGUUUUUAAAAGUCUAGGAGACCAUCUUAUCUCAAGCCACUGGUGGCUGAAACAGCAUGAUUUCACCACCUCUACCCAAAGCCCAAUAACAAAUACAGAGUUGUGUGCUUCCUAAGACAGUCUUCCCAUUCAGGAUUUCUAAAGGUAAUCACCAAAGCCAAUGGGGUUUCUGUCUUCCCCUUAGUACUAUACCAAUUUAUCUUUUUACAGAAUUACUUCACAUUCUGGAGUCUGCAGUGUUUUCUCAUUGUAAGUAUCGUUAAAUGUUUUAAAUAAAAUAAUAAAUAUAACUCAGUCUAAUAUUUGCACAUAUUUCAGGUAUGACAUGACAACUAGGCACACCAGUUUAACAACUUGUUUGCAUUUUCUGUUUGUUCUAUGGUAAAAAUGUGUGCCAAGAGUUUCUGCUAUUGACAGCUGUGGAUUCGUGAGAUAUUAUGAUAGGUUUCAUGUUCCAAGAUACCCAUAUAUUACCCAAAUGACAGAAUAAUAAAGGUAUUACCUCAUUAUCCCUUUAAUUCACCAAGUGUUUUUAGAAUACCCUCUUUUUUGCCAUAGUAGAAAUAUCCUGUGAACAUGAGAAAAAUGUGUGCAUGUGUGCGUGUCUGUUUUGUUUCGGGAAAUGAGGGAUAUUAUGAGAGGGGGAAAUAUUUAAGUGUUCGAAGCUCUAAUUAUGUUGUUCUUAAACUCAUUGUCUGCAUACAAGUAAAUACUGAAUAGUAAAUGUUAAUCUCUGCUAUACCUGCCAAAUUACCUUUACAUCAUUAUGUUUGGAUUUAACAUAAUUGAUUGUAAAAUGUAACACAAUUAAUUAUACCAUAUUUCUCCUCUUGCUGCUUCAAUGUUUUGGUUAUACUUAAUAAUAAAUGCCAUUUAAACAGUAUAAGAACCUUUUAAUACCAACUAAAUGUGAUGUCAUUACAAUACAGUGGUGAAAUUUCUGUGACAUUAGGGCAAAUUUACAAAAGAAUGAAAGUGAGUUUGCAUCAACUGUUAAAGGGGCAGGUUCACUCAAAAAGGUAAAUUCAUCUUUUCACUCAACCUCAAGUUGUUCUGAACCUGUAUGAGUUGUUUCUUCUGUUGAACACAAAAUAAGAUAGUUUGAAGAAUGUUGGCCAGCAACAAUUUGGCGGUAGUAAUUCCACUGUAUUUUUCUCCCAUACUAAGGAGGUCAGUGGCUACCAGCUACUGUUUGGUUACCAGCAUGAGUAAAUGGUGUGUAAAGGAUGAAAGGAUAUUCAUUUUUGGGUGAACUCUGACCUUGCCAUAAAAUCAUAGGUGAAUUAUUAGAUGGUUUAAAUGUUUUAGUAACUUUCAUAGUCCAACUUUUAUUGUCCCUUUUAAAUGUGUAAUCUUUAAUUAACCACAUCAUUACACAGUUAUCUAUUAUAAUGCUAUUAUUCAGGUAAAUAUUUGUGUAAUUGGUAUCAUUGGUGUGUACUGUUGUAAACACAGUAAAAUGAUAUGGAAAUGACCUUGUAGUUUGCAUAAUGAAAUCGUUUACAAAUGUGCUUUCGCCAUUCGAUUUUCCAACUGUACUUUGUCAAAACACCUUUGCUUUUGGCUGUUGUGUGUGACCUAAACGGAUUCCGUGGUUUUAUAAUAUGAGCUGAUUGGCUGCUGUCAUCCUACUAUGGUCUGAGAACUUGCCUUUGCUUGCAUGUUUUGGUAUGAAAAUCCACUUGAAAAGAUGUAUUUAUGAAGAAUGUUUAGUUAUCAGUGGAAUAUAAUAUUUAGAUUAUACGGCUUAUUACAGCAUGGAGUAUGAACAAGGCAGAUACAUAUGAAAUAUUUUUUUCUCCUUUCACUUAUUUAAUACCUCUGAAUUUCAAUUAUUUUAAUGUCUUGAUAUUGUAAUUUGUGAUUCUGUAUUGUUCUUCCCAUCUUUUUCUGGUUGUUAGAAGUAAUGCAAAGUAUAUAUUAAAUUUCAGCAUUAGAUCAAAAUCACACAUGGGAUAAUCGGUUUGGUUCGAUUUUUAUUGGUUUGAUUUUAGAUCAAAGGUGUCAGUUUUUUUCUAGCAACAUACCUGCCAGUUUGUGUUUGUAAUAAUGUAUUUCCCCUCUUUUUUUAUAAUGUAACAGCAAAUAUAUGGAAAUGUGGCACCAUGCCUGUAGUUUAGAUUAGCUAACUGCUCUCUUCUUUUUUUUUUCUUUUCUUUUCUUUUUUUUAUGAUUUAUUAAUGGUGAUCCUGCCGUAAAAAAUCCCUUCAUGCUAAAAACACCUUUGUUGAAAAUGUAUGCAAACUCCCAUCUUUCUUUUCUUGGGGCUUUCCAAAAAACAGCUUUGUGUCGGUGCCAUGCUGAAACCAGCAGAACCAACAUUGCACUAACUGCAUAGCCACAACAUUUUCCAGUAUUGGAUCCAGUAUUUUGUGCACUAGUCUCAUAGCCAUACUGUUAACUGAAUGUUGUUACUGCUCUUGAGAUCAUAGUAGAGCAUCUUUUGCUCUCUGUAUCUGCCGUUCAGUUAUGUGCAUUACCUUGGCUGUUAUAAAGAAAGUUGCAUAUCCGUUUAAAAGAAAAACGGAAACAAAAUGGUUUAACAUGGCAUGUUUUGAGUUUCCUCUGCUGUAAGAUGAUCCACUUGCCUUACCCAUUUAUUUAUAUUCCUGUGCUGCUGAAUUAAUGACUGAAUACAUGAACAAAUGAAUGAAUGAACUGCUUAUAUUGUUGCUUGUUUCAUUCCUUAAGUUGUAUAGCUUUUCUUUGAAGGAAAAGUUCACCCAAAAAUUGCAAUUUUGUCAUCAUUCACUCACCAUAAUGAU